UUCAUUGUCAAAUUUGGCAGUUCGCAAAAUGUCUUGCGGCUGCGAAGAAAAACCUUGGCGUAAUUAUUACAGAUAUUACGAUACGCCUGAUGGAUGCGAUGUAGGAAAGAAGAUUCUAGUAACGAGUCGGUAUGGGACAAUAGCUGGUAUGAUUUUCGCUACAUUUGACGUACUAAUGUUUUCGCACGCAAUCGGCUUCGUUCCAGUGUUAAAAAGGUAUGCUACACAUGUGGUGCCACUAGCGCUGAUGGGCGCGACCUUCACAGUGGUGUCAAACGCAGCGCUACAAGCAAGGCAAAGGGAUGACUCCUAUAACUACUUCCUUGGAGGCUUUGCGUGUGGGCCUAUCUUAGCAGCGUAUCUUCGCUCCAAGCACGCCAUUCUUCUCGGCGGUCUGGCUCUCGGGGUCUUUGGGAUGAUUAAGAAAGAAUCCGUCAUCCAUGAUUACACGCUCUUCCCUACCAUACAGUCACACAUGGGCUCUAUAACUGCUUGGAGACAUGACUACACCUUGAAAAAGGAUCCUCUUGAAGAACUUCGUCACAGUUGCGGAACGAAGCAGCAAAAAUGUAAUUAAAACAAUGAUUAAAAGUAUGUUUUGAAA